UGGCUUUAGUGCCAAAUACGAAUUCAAUUUGGAUAAAUUUGAAUUUUGAAGAUAGUAGCUUGAAUUUUAGCAUUUUUCAUACUAAUUUAUGUGCUUAAAACGUGACAAAAUUAUCUGAAUUUUGUAUUUAGUUGUUAAUUUUAGUAUAUGUUGCAAUAAUGAUUCUCCGAUUUUACAGUAGUUCUUGUGUGUUAUACAGCAUGAAGAAACAAGGAAUGAAGUUACAUAAAAUGUUAAAUCCCAAAAAUAAACGGCAGUGGUAUCCCUCACAGACCACAGAUUUAAAUAUACUUCCCACUCUCAAUACAUUGACAAAAAUUCAAAGAAUUCCCGAUAAUCAGGGAAUACGCAGAGUAGCUGUUUUAAAUAAACUAUUUAUGAAACACAUAACAGAUAUUAUGUCCACUGGCACUGUGUCAAUGGAUAUUAUUGGACGAGGAAUAGAAAUAUCUAAGGUCAAUGUUGCAAAAGACUUCAAAACCAUCAAUAUUUUCUGGAUAUGUAAAGGUGACGCAAGUGAUGAAGAUACAGAUAAACUAUUGCAGACAAUUGCAGGGCCCUUGAGACAUGAGCUAUCUACCCUCAGACUUAUGGGAGAAGUGCCUUACAUAUAUUUUGUAAAAGAUAAGCACGAAUCUCAGAUUGUUGAUAUUGACAAACGGUUACUGCAAGCUGAUUAUGGUGAGGACUACACUCCAACUGAUUUGGGGGAGCUAUUAAAAUCUGAAUUUACAUUAAAUCUGAAGUUAUCACCAGAAAUAAAAGCAAAAAUAAAGCAAUUAGAAGAUAGUCAAGAAAUAAUUGAGGACCCUAUACCAGAGAUGACAAAUUCUGUGUACGGUUUAGAUCAUACAAAAAUUAUGAAUAGAUUGUUAGCAGCAAGAAAGAGAAGUAAAGAAGCCUGGGAGAACCUGCAAUCAGAGUCACCUGUAAUAUCUUACCGUACUACAAACACAUCUCCCUCUAACAUUAAUCUCAAGGAGCAAAAGAAGGAAAUAGCCGAGUUCCUGAUAAAGCGACAGAUCCUUCACAACAAGUUACAGAGGGAAAGACGAAAGCAAGACGAUACACACGUUGAAUAUGAAAAAAUUGAGGAAAGAAAUGAGGAUAUAUACGAAUUUUGCGAUGAUUAUGAUGAUAAUUACGAUAUAGAGUAUAGUUCUGUAGAGAAAUGAAUUGUGAAAAUAUUAAAAGAAUUUUAAAUGUGUAAAGUAGGAUUUUUUUUCAGACUGGUCUUAUAAGCGUGCUAUGCCUCAAUACAAACAUGUUUUCUCACGUUUAUUUUACUAAAGUGAUAAGGACAAAACAUUGCUAAUUUAGGCUUAUAGUACGUUUAUAGACAAUACUUAAUUUGUAUAUAAAUGUAAAAUUGUUAGAGAAUAUUUAAUAUUUAGUAAAAAAGAUAUGAACUUAGCGGGUUAACGAGUUAAUUCAAGAUCCUGGAUUUGAUUCUUUACUUAACGGGCAAACGCACUUUUGUACUAUCAAUACAAAAGUACGUUUGCCCGUUCUGCCAUUGUGAGAUUUCAGGGUGAUCCGGUUCAUCUUCGGAGUAAUACAAAUAUUUUGCGUAGAGGAAUUGUAAGUCAUGAUAGAACUUCAAAAUAUUAAUUCAGCGUUGCGUAAGUUAAAAAGAAAAGAUUUUUAUAGAAUCGAUGCUAUCUGGUUAAUUUUGACAUAGUCAUAGUUCGUGCUAAGUCUGAGUUCGCGAACGAAGAAACUCAGGCAAUAGUCUGUUUUAAUUAGCCAAUCGAAAAUAUGGAUAAAAUCUUCAAUAUAGGUAAUUUUAGUAGUAAUAUUUAUUUUAUUUGUUCAAAUAAAGUAUUAUCAAUACAAAAUUAUCUUUCUGUCUGCCUUCUGCGAAAUCGAUUGUUUUUGGACUGCGAAUUUUCAAAGUAUUUCGAUGGUCACUUCAAAAACUGAUUAAAUGCUAAUAGACGAA